AAAUGGCACAGUGUGCCACCCCCAACCCUCGCCACUUCCCUUAUUCUCUCUGCCUCCUUAUAUCUUACACACUCUCCCUCUCCAUCUAUCUUUCUGGCACACCAACACACAUAAGCAGUGCCUCUCUCCAUCUCACACACAUACGCAGUUUCCUGUGUCUCUGCUCUCCUCAUCAACACAUCCAGAGUGACAGACACCAGUCCAGAAACCAGCAAGCCUCUAGCAAAAUAGCCAGAGCAGAGAUGUCAGCACACCCUUAUAGCAUUGGCGACAUGCGCAGCAUAUAGAGGCUUAUGUACAAUGUGCAAUUACAUGCCACUGCUGCAUUCAUGGAAAGAUUGUAAUUCUACAUACACAGAGGGGUAGCUAAAUGUACACAUAUAUACAGAAAUACUAACACACCCACACCUACACACUAUAUUCUGAAUAACAGAUUUGGCUCAUAGGAGCUGCAUGCAGCUGAUGUUAUGACAGAGCAAGAAAUGCAGCAGCCAUGAACCAGCUGUGUAUGGAGCCCUGCAGAGCACUGCAAGACAGCAUUAGACAGCUGCUGAGCCGGGCUGGAGGAGAGUUUCGUCUCCAGAGAGUGCAACUGGAGACCAGACCCAGAAAGCUGGAAGACAGGAUCCUGGUAACAACAUGCUGGAGAUUCUAUAUUUUUUUCAUCAAAUUACCAGCAAAGAUCGAAAGUUCUUUCAGUGUGCUGGAAAUCAGAUCUCUCACAGCAAUCAGUCUUAACCAGAUACUUAUUGAGACAGAGAAGGGGAAUUUCCAGCUGACAUUGAGUGCACAGAAUACAGACCAGCUCAUUAGCGGCAUCCAGGCCACUCUGUCCAAGAUAUUCCCUACUCCAGAUACAGUGUGUCUAGUCAGACGUCAGUAUCCUGAAUCUACGGACAGUUCCGGGAAUUCAUCACCAAAUUCAGACAUAGCAGGGUUGCCAGCAUCAACUGGAAUAUGUGGUGGCUUUUCAGAGACAUACGCUGCUCUUUGUGACUACAAUGGUGUGUGUUGCAGAGAAGAGGUGCAGUGGGAUGUGGACAUGAUUUAUCACUCUCAGGACAGCCGGGAGUUUAACCUGCAAGACUUCAGCCAUCUGGAAAGCAGGGACCUGGCUCUGGUUGUUGCUGCUCUCGCGUACAAUCAGUAUUUUCUCAGGCUCCAGGCCGCAAAUCUCAAACUGGGAUCAGAGGUGACAGAGCAGAUCCUGCACUGCGUGGGCCGAUCGCAGCACCUAGAGGAGCUAAUCCUUGAGGACUGCGGACUGAGAGCUGAUUUUGCUCUCCGCUUGGCCUCUGUUUUGGCAGAUAAUUCAGUCUCCUCAUUGCAUUCACUGAACCUAUCACACAACCCGCUGGAAGACCGAGGAAUCUCAGCACUCUCUCAGCAGUUUCUGUAUUUUCACGCCGGACUUCGGAGCCUAAACCUGAGCAAAACAAACAUUACAUCUAGAGGAGCACUCUCUCUGUGUCAGUCUCUCUGCCAGAAUGCUCUCUUCUCCUCCUCGCUGCACUCUCUGACCCUCAGUAAGAACCCUGGACUUCUCGGGAGUGAGGAGACCAAUGCACUUUAUACUUUUCUGUCCCAUCCAAAUUCGUUGGUUUAUUUGGAUCUCUCAGGAACAGACUGUGCUGUAGACACUAUAUUUGGGGCAUUGGCUCUUGGUUGCUGCUCCUGUCUCUCACAUCUUGAUCUCUCUAAAAACUCUCUAUCACACCGGCGUACUCCGGAGACACUGCCAUCUGUGGAGAAGUUUUUCGGCAGCUCUUUGUCACUAUCCCACAUAUCACUGAGUGGAACCAAAGUGCCCCCAGAGCUCUUGAGAGCCAUGUUGCAGGGUUUAUGUUCCAACACUCACCUCCAAGAAGUUCACCUUGACUUAAGCAGCUGCGAGUUGCGUGCUGCAGGUGCUCAGAUAUUACAGGACCAUUUUCCUCCCAUCAGCAGUGUUGGAAGCCUGAAUAUAUCUGAUAAUGGCUUGGAUUCUCAUUUGCUUUCACUUGUGCCAGCUCUGGGCAGAAGUAGACACCUUAAGAAUCUUUCCCUUGGCAAAAAUUUCUCAGUUAAGUCACGAGUCCUUGAAGAGAUUCUGCAGAGGAUUGUAAAUGUUCUUCAGGAUGAAGACUGUUGCCUCCAGUCUCUGUCUCUCGCAGACUCUCGCCUGAAAUCUCGCACUUGCAUUGUGCUUAAUGCUCUUGGGAGCAAUACAUCUCUUCAAGAGCUGGAUAUCAGUGGUAAUGGAAUGUCAGAUAUUGGAGCGAAGAUGCUAGGAAAAACCUUACAAAUAAAUAGUACUGUACGAUCUGUGCUUUGGGACAGGAAUGCAGUUUCAGCUUCUGGGUUUAUGGAUGUGGCAAGGGCUCUUGAAAAAAAUAAAACACUUCGCUUCAUGUCCUUUCCUGUGGGAGACAUCUGCCAGGCUUACCAGAGACACCCUGAGAGAGCAGAAAGUGCCUGGAGGAAGAUACAUAGUUGUCUCCUUCGAAACUCUCAGACUUUGGCUGUCUCUGAUCAGAGAGCGCUGCGACUUCAACAGGGAGUAGCAAACAGUGCAGAACAGAUGCUACAGACACUAUCAAUGUUGAUACAUGAUCACAUUAAUGCUUUGCGGUCAUGUGACCUGGAAACCGUCCAAGAAGAUAUCAUAUGUGCAAGACAGCUCCUCCGAGAUGCCAAGAACUGUCGGGCUUUAUUACCACGUCUUCUGGAAGCUGGCAGCUGGCUGUCUCCUUCUGGCCCAGCUCAGCGCCUCCUUGAAACAGUCUCAUACGAACUGUCCCGAGCAGUGGAUAGAGAACUGCAGAACAUUGCAGACACCAUGUGGGAGGCUACUCAGGAUCUCUUCCCUGGAGCAGCACGGGAUGCUCAACGAGGAGGAGCAAUGCUGUGCAGACUCAGAGAACAACAUGGACUCAGCCCACCUCAUAUCCGAGAUAUGCUUCGCCAAGUGGGGAGCGACUUACAUAACAAGCUGAGAGCUGCCCAGCUUUCCCUCAUGACUCGUCUUAGUAACUCGGUUUUGGAGCAAGUUCUACAGGAAAUGCAAAGAACACACAGAAAAUUAGCCCGUCAUAGAUCUCAGCUGCAGAGUAUUAUGGAAGAAGAGCAGAGGCUGAUGGGCUAUCUCCCACAGACACCACCAAGGAAUAAGCAGGAAACACACGAAGGAGAGAUGUAUUCUAGUAUUGAUACCAUGGUAAUAAAGAAGCGUCUUCAAGGCAGGAAAAUUCGUCCUGUGUCUGCAUUUAUCAGUGUGAGUGAGCAGGAACUAAGCCCCAAGACACUAGAUUUGGGGUCCCCUGGCUCCCGUGAACUCAAUUCUCCACCUGCGCUCUCCUCAUCCGCUAGCAGUCAGCUCUCUCGCUCUCUAAGCGUGUCACUAGAAGGUCUUUCUGAACUACCCACAGAAGGGAGUAAGCUGCAGCAUCAAACUCGGGACAGGCCGAAGCAACAGUCACGUAGAGCGCCAGGAGGAGGAAAGGUCCGGGGCCCAGCAUCUGAUUCUGAACGUCCUGAUCCUGCCUUAGACGAGGGCCUUGAUGAAUUUUUCCAUCGCACAGUGCUGACUCAGUCAAACAGUAUCUCUUCAGGUCAAGGUGACACAGAUGCACCCCCAAAAAGAAGGCGUCGCAGCCUCUUCCAUUUCCGUAGAAGUCGGACCCCAAAGAGAGAACAAGACAGAGGGAGAACUGCUCCACCCCCCUCCCCGGGUCCAGAAAAAUCAGAUCAUGUGAAAAUUGAAGGAUAUUCAAUAACAAAUGGUACACCCAUCAGCAAUGGAGCUGAAACACAUAGCAUUGGUGGAGUCAGGGGGUUACCUGGCCGAGGAACACCGUCCUGUGAGCAAAGGCUGGAGGAAGUACAACCGGCAAGAGUACGAGGAGUUCCACUCCCAGGGAUGGAUGGUAUCCGGCAAUGGAAGGAGAUAGAGGCACCAGGAAGUACUAACUGUGUACCAGAGGACAGAAGACGCUCUUCUGGGGAUGGGGAGGAGGGUGCUACGUUUGAGGACAGACAGCCUUGUUUUUCCAACGGAGACAGGACCAAUCAGAAGAAUUUAUCAAGAGAAGAGGGGGGUCUUACUGUUUCCUGCCCCCCUUCUGCAGAACUGCGGCCAGUUGCUGCCCCACGGGGUAGGAAAGUGUCUUGUGGGGGGGGGCAAGGUGAUACCGAAUGUCCGGAAGAGGCGAGGAAGGAAAUUCCAGUGCCCAGGCCAAGAAUCAGAGAACCUGUGAAAGAGGCGGCCCCCCCAGCGGGAGAUGGUGCACCACCUGUGCGUAGGCCUCCUCUGAAACCUCAGCGAUCUCGGAGGAUGCAGUCAUGUGAUUCAGCUGAAGCGCCAACUUCUGUGACUGGAACAGGUAUUACACUGCAAACGUAUGAACAGAAAAUGCCUCAGACAGGUGAUGCCUUGCAACGUGGACUACGCCACAUGGCUGAAGCCAAAGAGAGAGAUGUGAAGAGUCUGCCUUCGUAAGCGUGACUCCACCAUCUGGAAAACUUGAAGUGUGACUUAUUGGAUAGCUGCCUGUGAACACACCACACAGAGUGCCCAACCUUAGAAUAGGUUGCAUUGAGAGGCCUAUUACAUAUGACUGUGCAUUUUCAGCACCUAAUAAAACUUUAAACCUUGAGAAAUGGUUGUUUUCUUGCAUACCUAAUAUGUACAAUAAGAUGGUAUAGAGAAAGGAAAGAGUACUUCUUUUAGAUUAAUAGAAGAUGUUUUCCAAGAGUUUGAUAUUGUUUCAGUCAAGCGGUGUCAUAGAUGAGCUUCCCUGCACACUGGUGUGUUACUGCAGUGUCUACAACUGCUCCUAAGCCUAUAAAGUCAUGGGGCUCAUCCACAAUUGCUACGCCUCUUUAUUUAUCUUUAUGACAUAUGUGUUCCAAUGACAUGUACAGAAUAAAGCAGCCUUUUUCUUU